CGCUCUUCUAUGCUUUCAUAAUUACUAUUACAUGUUGUUGUUCUUGUCAUGAUAACGUCAUGUGUGUAGAUUUCAAUGAUUUUUCAUCAACUACAGCAGUUCUGCUUCUGCCCUUUGUUGACUCAAUCAGAUGGAUUCCGCCUUAUUCCGCCAAGCUAAGUACCCGAUUAAUUUGUUUCGAUGUGCUUUUCUUGCUCAUAUCCGAUGAAUACCACCAUUCCCAUACUUCCCAUGCUAGCUCCUACCAAUACAAAUCUUUUGCUCAUGUGAAUUUGAAUAGUAUCAACAACGAUGACGCGACAAAUGUGAAGAGCUCCGACAGUCUCUUGUCGAUCCCGCAUUCACUUGAUGCUAUGUUGCACAAAAAAAUGAAAUCGACGAACCACUUAACUGUAUGUCUUCUAAGAGUUACCUGACCCUGAGUUGUGAUGGC